AUUGUCAUUAGCAACACAACAAGCAAAAUGGCGGAUACAGAAAGUGUUGAUACUCACGAUACAAGUAAUGAGGCUGGAGAAGACCCGCUACAGGACUUAACAGACGAACAAUUAUUCCAACUUGUAGAAGACACAAUCCGAGCAAAUGAAGUGCUUGCCACAGAAACCCACAUGUUUGAAAAAUACCUGGAGAGGGUUGAACCCAAGGACAUGGGUGGGGUCACCCCCGGGACUGGCGCUACACCCUCUCAAUCAUCACAGGACCUCGUCCGCAGGGUGGACAGGAAAAGGUCAAAGUCACGCAGCAGCAAUAUUGACAAAUCACUCCGCCUCUCAGCAGAACAAAAAUGUGACAUUGCACAAAGAGAGAUUGAAGAACUGAGAGAAGAAAUUGAUAAACUGAAGGAAGAGUCAGAAAAUGUCCUGGAUUUAUACAAGGCAAUUAUGGAGGAGGCUGAUUUAAGGCUUGCAGAGACAAAGAAAGAGUCCUACGAGUUUGACAGGGAUAUAAUGAAGGGAUCGGAUAAAUCCAACCAGGGGAAAGUUGUUGCAGAGAAAAUUGUCAGAUACUUUGAGGACAGACUUCGAUCAAGAGAUACUUUGAUAGAAAAACUGCGCUUGAAAAAUUCAACUCUGAAGGUUCAGAAAAAGAAGCUUCAUUUGCAAUUAAAACAGAAAGAGGAGAUGGGUGAGGUUUUACAUGAGGUGGACUUUAACCAGCUGCGUAUUGAGAACCAGCAGUACCUGGAGAAGAUUGAUGAGCGAAACCAGGAUCUUCUCCGCCUCAAACAGAUGACGGGUAGCACUACACAGGUCCUCAACUCCUACAAGAAAAAGCUGUCCACCCUGACCAUGGAGUCUGAGAGACUCAAGUCAGAGAUCACAUCACGUAAUGAUCUGCUCACACGAAUAGAUUCAGAGACCACUGUAGUGGAAGAGGAGAGGGCAAAAGCCGAGCGUCGAAACAAAAAGCUCCGUCAGCAGUUGGCGGACUACCGCGUGCCAGAGGUGAUGGAGUAUGUAUCAGAGAAGGCCGACCUGUAUGAAUUGCAGAAGAAAGUCAAGAGCUGGGAGAGGAAGGUUGAUAUUGCAGAGAUGGCGCUGCGAACUCACAGAAAGACAUGGCAACAGCUGAAGACAAGCCACCAAAAGGCCAACCAGUAUUUCAUGAUGGAAGCCCACUAGGCCGCAACAAACGGCGAAGGCAGAUGUAAUAUGUACUUGUGAUCUGUAUGUAAAUAUAUGUGUAAUUGGAACAAUUUUUGGAAACUGACUUACUUGUUUUGUGGAAUAUAUUUACUAGUGUGUCUUGAUUUUGAUGUUUCUGUGAAUAUCUAAAAGGAAAGAAUUAAGAAUGAAGACAAAAUAAAAGGAAUAUAAAAUUUAAUUUAGUUUUUUUAACCUUUGUAUAUUAUGUUACUACAUAAUAAUUUGCAUCCGAUUACCAGAUUUUCGGCUAAGAGUUUGGAUUAAGGUAGGAUUUUUUCGCGCUUGGAAUGAAUUGAACUACAAUUAUAAUAAUUAUGUAAAUAACUUAUUUUCAUUAUUGAACAAUCUAAAAAUCUUGUAAUGUGAUCCCUAUAUGCUGUGUAUAGUGAUUGUAAAGAUUUAUUAUGCAUUUGUUUUAAUCUGUUACACUGUUAUAAUAUAUUUCAUUUUAUACCAACAAUUUCAUGUGUAUUUAUAACUUAUAUUGCAUGCAAAUGUUGUAUUCUCAUUGUAAGAAAGAGAUGGAUAUUUAUAGGUGAUGUAAUUAAAUAUAUAUAUUUGAUCAUUGAUUCCUCAAUGGAACACAUUGUGAUAUUUGGAACACUGCAUGGUAUUGUUUUUAUGCAUUCAUAAGAGUGAAUGAAUAAAACUAAGAUGUUUGUUCA